GCCAAGGAUCUGUAUCAGAGAAGUAGACGCUGUAUAACUAACCGGCUCUGAGUUGAAAUCAUAAUAUGGUCUGCGAGCAUGGGUUCUGCGUCUCCCCGCCGCCGAGCCACUACACAUGACAACCUCCCGUCCCUUUUCUUCUUUUGCUAUUUUGCAAUUCCUCGUGCAUUCACCAACUCAUCUUUACCCCCUCACGACCCUACCCAACAACCGGCCCAUACGCCCGCGCGCCAUGUUCCUCUCCCGCCUGCGCGUGUGCCUCUCUCGACCAAAAUGGCUCCCCACCUGGCGCCUGCCACGCUACCUCGCCGCCAUCCCGCCCCCCGCUCUGCGCCUGAUCGGCCUGCUGGUCCUCGCCAACGUCGUCGUCUGGGCCGUCGCCGGCAUUGUCCUGCACUCCCACCCCGCCCUCAUCACCCCCGCCGCGCUGGCCUACACGCUCGGCCUCCGCCACGCCCUCGACGCCGACCACAUCGCGGCCAUCGACCUGACCACGCGCCGCCUGAUCGCCACCGGCGGCGGCGCCGGCGGCAGUGACCACAAGCAGCGGCGGCCCGUCGCCGUGGGGACCUUCUUCAGCCUCGGCCACUCGACCGUCGUGCUGGCCACGUGCGUGGCGGUGGCGGCCACGGCGGGCGCGCUGCGCGAGCGGUUCGGCGGGUUCCAGCGCGUCGGCGGGAUCAUUGGGACGAGCGUGUCGGCGGCGUUCCUGCUGCUGCUGUGUCUCGGUAAUGGGUGGGUGCUCUGGCGGUUGGUGGGGAGGUUGAGGGGCUUGUUGAGGGAGCGCCGGCGGGAAAGGGAUGGAGGGGUGGAUGGCCCGGAGAGCGUGGUUCGCGAGGGCGAGGGGGACGGUGCUGGGGAGGAACAAGAGGAGGAGGAGGAGCAGCGGCGGCAUGUGGCGGCGCUGCAGCUGGAUGGGCCCGGGUUCAUGGCGCACGUGUUCCGGAAGCUGUUCAGGAUGGUGGAUCGGCCGUGGAAGAUGUUUCCGCUGGGGAUUCUGUUCGGGCUGGGGUUUGAUACCAGCUCGGAGAUUGCCAUUCUGGGCAUCGCGAGCAUCCAGGCCGCGCAGGGGACGAGCAUGUGGGUGAUUUUGAUUUUUCCGGUUCUGUUUACAGCUGGCAUGUGCCUGCUGGACACGGCUGACGGCGCCCUGAUGAUGGCCCUGUACACCUCCAAAGCCUUCUCCAGGGACCCUGUCGCCAUCCUGUACUACUCCAUCGUGCUGACCGGCAUCACCGUGUUUGUCUCGGCCUUCAUCGGCAUCAUCCAGAUCUUGUCGCUGGUGCAGAACGUGGCCAAGCCUGAGGGCAGGUUCUGGGACGGCGUCAGCGCCAUCGGCGACAACUACGACAUCAUCGGUGGUUGUAUCUGCGGCAUCUUCCUGCUCGUCGGUGUGGGCUCGGUGUUUGUGUACCGACCGUGGCGGAGGCGGAUGGAGAGGCGAGCUGCUCUGGGGCCAUGGGCGGCCGAGCGGAGCUCGACGCCGAUUCCUGAGCCUGAGGGCCCUGACGAGACUCCUCGUGUUCCCGGGUGCGGGACAGAGGUUUGAGACCGAGAUAGAAUGCAGUCUUGAAAUCUAAACUUGCCCCGUCGCAGUCGACCCCAGUAAAAU